AUGUUCAACUAUGGUGCCGGAACAAGCGCCUUUUCGAACCAGAGCUGCUCUGAAACAAAAGAGCUCUUCAAUAGCGGUAUGGCCAUGGGUGCACCAGCACCGUCGAUUGAUCUGUCUGAUCCAACGGCAUUCGAUCUGGAAGGGAUUGCUGGAAUGUACGACAUUGACAUGUCAACGACAGACACGACCUUCAAUUCCCGUGGCUAUGCGACGACAGAUACGGAAGAGACUGAGAUCAGCUUCUUGCAGCAAAGUCCUGCCAGUAGAUCUACUGGUACUGGAACUCGUACUGGUGCUGUCAGAUCGAAGAACAUGCCCGUGCCAUUGCUUCAACGCGGCCACAAUCUCUUACGGAAGAAACACAUGUCUCCUUCGGCCAUACUGUCCUCCUUACGUUCGACUUCGAGCACUGUAGCUUCAUCUGUCAGAACGCACCAAAGAAAUUUUAAGGAGGUCAAGUCUACUAGAUCUACUACUAGUAUAGACUCUGAUCGAAGUCUCGCGGCCAGAAUACCGUAUCUUGCCAGAGCAAGACAAAGACAGCAGCAGCAACAGCAGCAAAAGCAAAAGCAACGACAACACACAACAACAACAGCAGCAACAAAAAAUGCAAGACAAUUGUUGAAACAACGCCUGGCUCAGAGUCGAAGGGAAUUAGGAAACAACACUACCAGUACCACUACCGGUACGGAUCACGAUGAUGGGGACAGUACCGGUACCGGUACUAGUAGGAUAUCUGGCUUGCCAACCUUUCAACGCACUCAGGAACCUAUCAAUACCUUCAGCUCCGACAGCUCCUGGAAUGUAGAAGAUGAAAUCAGGUUGCAGCGACUCACGCAGGAGUUACGACCCGCGACUCAUCAGCACCAUCAUCAGCAGGCACCACUACUAGUAGAACAAAGAGAUGGGGAUGACACUAUCACAACAGAGGGAUCGCGACAACACAUGCUCCGUGGGGUUUUCAGUGAGCUAACACUGGACGAAGACGCGACACUGGGAUCAACCGAAAUACACCCUACUAGUACCGGUACCGGUACGCGAACAAUACAAACAAAGCUGGCAACCAUGACGAAUGGCCGAUACUUCCCUGGUAUUAAUACCGGUAGCACUCAAGCGUCUCAUCGGUCGCAAGCUACUAGUAACAUACCGACAACCUCGAAAUCGCCACUAGUGAACCCUUUCAACAACAAGGUCAAGCCAAAGAUGACCUUCUCUUUAAGACCAUACGAGAACUCACCCAGAUCCACAGGCUCUCAAAGAUUCGCCACUCCGCAGACACACAACAGGUCCGCACGAAAACAACAAGUGAACGAGGGACAGGGACAGGGACAGGGACAGGGAGGCGACACGAAACACUCUGCAUCAACGAGACAUUACCCUCCACCGGUUGCACACACUUUCGAGUCACGACACAGACUUCCUCCCACCAGACAGGACCCUCCCUCAAAUAAUGCCGCUUCUCGACUUCGACUCAAAAGCAACACAAAACAGCAUCCACCCGCGAGACGGGACUCUCCGCAAAAGGCGUACUCCUCUACUAUUAAUAGCAGAAACAACCACAAGCCUUCAGAUGAGCGACCACCACCGUCCUCUAGAGAUCCAUCGCCGGCCGAGCUGUCUCAUUUGAUAUCGAAUCGACUCAAUCAACUAACACGGUUGUAUCAGGAACGAAAAAGGGUCAACAAGGAAAGAGCUACUGGCAGCGUCGCGACCAGAUCCUCUGCGGGCUCUUACGCUUACACUGAAGGAACACGCAACAAGCAGACUGAGGAAUCUACCAGAGAUCAUUCGGACGUAUCGCACAUAUCUGCUAAAAACAAUGCAACAAGGAAAAAACGUCAAGUUCAUGUCGAAGAGGCCAGCGAGGUUGUAGAGAUCAUCAGGGUACCAUCAGUUGCUACACAUCUGAGUGACUUGCCGGACUCGCCUGCCAGUGACUACAAAGUUGAACAGGUGACUCAACAAGAACAAGAAUAUCCAGACGAUGUUGAUGAUGCGGAGAGUAACGGCGUAUGGCCAAAGGGAAGAGGGGGCAGCGAAGAGGGGGGGGAGGAGGAGGAGUGGGAAGUGGAGGAUGAGGGGGGUGACGAAGAAGAAGAGGAGGAGGAAUUCGAAGACCAUCAUAUGACCAUCGAGCAAGAAGAAGAAGAAGAGCUGGAAGCCAACCAGUUCCAAACAAACAUACCACACGUACCAUCUUCUGGGCUCAGGAGUCCCCCAACCAUUGUCCGCAGGAUACCAAAGAGUAGCCCGGCUAGCGCUGCUGAAGCUGACGCUUCGAUUACCGUCUCCACAGGGUCUAGAUCUCUGGAUUUGUUUGAGCCCACAGUUGACGAAAGGGAGCAAGGCAAAUAUCUAUUUGAGCCCGCAGUGAGUGAAAGAGAACAAAGCAACUAUGCGGUGCAAUCGUUUGCUGCCCUUCGUGGUCAUGGACAUUCUGCAUUUGUCCCGGUGAUGUCAGCGCCUGUUAUGGAGCCUAUACACCGACACGGGUUCCAUACGUUGAAUGGGCUCGGACAUUCAAUUCAGCCAACCAACCCGUUUGAUUUGAUAUCACCUAUUACGGCAAACACCGACCCGUUACUUCCAAACCAUCAUCCUGGUAUAAGCCCAAUCAGGAAACACCAUCAACAUCAACAGACGUAUUCUAUCGUGCAAAACGCAGAAAACCAAACCACACGAAGCAAACAUUUCACAUUUGACACACAACAUGACAACAUCUUGGACGGAUCCGAGUUUCAGCAAGCCUUCGAUCAAGAAUUGUUACCACAAGACCCUCCUAUUGUUCAAAGCAGAAAUCAAAUCCUGGAGAAUAUCAGACAAGACAUCGAGCAACUAACGGAGACAGCGACGAAUCUGGAUAUCGCGUCACAAAGAACGGAUGCCAUGACGACCAUAUCUUCUAUUCAAGGAACGAGCUACAGCAAAGACCCGCCCAACGACACAUCUACUGCGGAGGAACUAGCAUCACAAUACAGUGGCCAGGAGAGUGAACAUAUGGUGUCACGUAGCCAACAAAGCGAAGAACAAAGCGAAGAACAACGUGAAGGACAAAGCCCGCAUGUUCCCGUCCAAACUCCAGAUCCUGUUGGAGACGCAGAGAAGAUUAAGUCAGAAGUCUCUGAUGAAGCAGCCUCCGGCAAAAGCGGAAGAGAAGCAUGGUAUCCUAAGGAAGAUGAACACCCUAUUGUUGUCGAGAAAGAGAGCAAGCACGAACUUCAAAAGCUCAGAGAUGCACUACAGCGAAUUCUUCAGAUGGAACCUCGAAUUCGGCGCGAGAUGGAAAUAGAUGAUCUUCUACAGAACGAUAAGCCUACUGAGGAGGCUUUAACGCAAGUACUUUCCGACCUAGUCGAGGAGAACGAUCCCAAGAUUGAACCUGGAGACGAAUGCAACAAAGAUGACCCGGAGGGUGUGAUGGCGGCCCAGCUGAGCCAAAUAUCAACCCGAUUGAAGCAAAUGCGAGAAACCAAAGGAAGGCAAGACCCUGAGGAGCAGCAUACCCCUGAACGAGGAGGAAAGCGCAUGCAAGAACCUGAAGGUGAAACUACUAUUUCAAGAAGCAAGCAUGUUUUGAAGAGACCCUCUACACCAGGCACAAGGCUCGAUGAGAUUUCCAAGAAGGAUACUAACCAGUCCGUUCGAUCAGCAAACGGCAUGGGUGCUAAGGAUAACUUGUCCACGAAGGAAACCGACGAUAGCCCCGCGAUUUCAGGUUCCCCAGUUCAGCAAGAUCUACGCAACUCCCCACCCCAGCAAGACCACCACCACAACAUGAAUACAGAGAGAAGGAAAGAGCCAAGAGACACAGGCAGACCACGAUCCUCUCUUAGUGACCUUUUUGCAUCCGUUGGCGGAAAAAAGCCGGCAUCAGCCAAAGUCAGGCCCCCGCCAUCUUCAGGAGAUGGUGCGAGUCAAUCGAGGCCCAUUGUAGUGCCGGAUGAUAGGCGAAAUGAUUCAGCUGCCAUUCAUGAGCCACGCGACCUCUUUCACAAAGUAGGAGGCUACUACACUAAAGCUCGCUAUUACACACCGGCUCGUCCCGAUACACGCGACGGCGUUGAAGCACUUCUCGAUUAUGAUGCCCACGAGACAUACCACAAGCACAAAAAGUACCAAGAAGAAAUAACCUUUGUGAAUGAAAGGGAUGAAGGUAUCAGGUUAAUCGACAACCGACGGGAUGACUGGGCCGAAGACGCUGAGCAUCGCGCCGACAAGGAAUACCGCGAGGGCCUCUCGCUUACAAUUGCUUCUUUCAGAGAAGACGACUCUCGCAAUGAUGUUAGAGACGCCAACUACUACCGAAGAAGCAACGGCAGCGGCCAGUGGGUGGGUCUCAACGCUCGGAAGCAGGAACGCCCGUACCGAGAAACGGAAGAAAACAAGAUGUCAACAAAGGUUGAUACUGAGGGAUCAGAACAACAGUCAUUGAGUUUCUAUCACGUAUCAAAUAGGGAUUUCUCAGGUCAAACGAUCGAUACUGUGGUUGGUGACAAAUCUCUCAGUUUACGUUCAACGCUGGCUCGUGGCCCCGACACCAUGCUCCAAAAAAGAAUCCCUUCAAUUAUUUUUGCCUCCAAUCAAGAGCCAAAUGACCACCACAGCGGGGAAGGUGGCAACCCAAAAGCUGAAGGAACAACGCCAAAGCAUUCCACGCGUGGGCAAGAUGGCUCGGAGAAACAAGAUCGUGAGAAUGUAGAAAUGGAAGAGGCUGUACUUCAGUUGAAAACCAAAAGGAUAAGCUCGUCAAACUACAGAAAGAUCAUGUUGGGCUUGCGCAGGAUAAAAAUUGUGGAACCCCCAAAUGGUGAGGCUCAAUCCGAGGACUCAUCAAUCGAGAAGUCCUUCUUCAAGAAGGAGCAUGUGACCUCCCAUGAAUUCGAUCGCGUGGUCCAAGCGCUUAGCGAGGCUCAAGUGGUCAAGUCGCCGACGCAUGAUGGGGGGGACACAUCGAGUCCAUCAAACAACGAUGUUUCAAAUGUUCCAGUAGUCAACGAGAAAGUCGCCAAGGAUCCCCGUCCUGGGACCGCAAGAAAUCCAUCAACAGACACCGAGAGUGACGAACGAUGUCGCAGAGAUCCUCCUGAAAUCGCCGCAUCGGAAACCAUGGAUACUACAAUGGGCAUAAAAGGAGUUCGUGCAAAGAAUGACCGAAAAGUAGAAUCGAAAUCAAGCUACGAGGAUAGUUCUCAGGUUCCUCCCCAGGCUUUGAAGAGCCAAGGACGCGGAAAAAACAAGAACAACCUAGUUGCACACAAUCACGACAAGAAGAAGCGUGCGUAUGAUGCCGGAGGGCACAAAGUGUCGCGCGCGAGCUUUUCAGGACACCGCAAGUUGGGCUUCCAACGAAAUGCCCUUGAUCCAUCGCAGGGUAGCUUGUCUACUAGUGUGCAUACUGGACGACGGAGUGAUGGGAUUCCACGGCGUAUCCAGCUGGAACCGGCGACACCUACCAGUUCGCCUGAAAAGCCUAGUCGUAUGGAUCGAGCAAGACGAGACCGCGAUGACCCAUCAGAGAAUGGAUUCAUGGUUUCGAGUUCUAGAAAGAGUCCUUCUUCUUCUUAUCUCGCUUGGAGAAAGGAAAUAAGUGUGAAGGAGGUCUCUCUACCACCGCCGCCCACUCCAACAACGAAAACCAAGCACAACGUAGUCUCCCAAAUCAUGUCCAUCGGUCUCGGUCGAAAAGAGCAAACGCUUCAGAGUCGACUGGAGCCUGUGCAACAUCAUAAAGUGUCGUCAAGGGAAGCUCGAGACCCGCCGACCAAAACUGAAAUAGUCCUACCUUCAGCGUCGCCGACAACAGUACCCUCCUCAGACUAUGCAAAGAUCGGCAAUGAUCCUCCUCUGCGACACAAAGAGUCAACGGACCCUCCAUGCCUCGUAGUACGUACAAGCAGCAGGCUUCACCCCUCUGACUCUUCUGUGUCUUCGCCAAUGGCGCGCAAGGCGAUGGCUGCAAUGGAUAGAAAGAAGCAGUUUGCUUCUUCGUCGGCCUCUCCGACUGGAGUAUCGUCAGGUUCAUCUCAGGUUUGGACAAAAAACGCAAACGAGGCAAGUAGCCAUGUAGACGAAAAUGAACCGAUUGCAACGAAUGAAGAACCAGUCCAUUCUCAAACACAGUAUGAAGACUUGCAACAUCUAAGGCCGGAUAUCUUUCUUCCCGACGUGACGAAAGAGCAACACACUAAAAUCGAAGAGAAAGGCCAAGAUGAUCUCCCAAAGACUAGCGCAGAGGGGGCUACACCUCGAAAAGGAAUUGGCAAACCCUGGAAUGGGACGAUUCCAGAUAGAAUGCGGUUUUGGAUCAGAGACGGGAAGGAUUCGGCGCCAACAGCCUCAUCAGGAAACAUGGAGUCGAAACGACUGCAGACAAAAAGAGAGACUCGGCAAGUUGCCAAAAAUGAUAACCCGAUCGAACCUCGACCAUCCACACCAAAGUCAAAAUCUUCAAUAACGAAAAAGGCAGAGUUUGAAUUGACGCAAAUAACCAAGUCGUUGUUGGCAUUGCAGGGCCUUCAUCAAAAAGCAGUGUUGGAGACGUCACCAAAUCCGGAGGAUGCUUCAAAAGAGGAUUAUAUAAUUGACACACCGUCGUGGAUGGAGAAAUCGCUGUCCGACCUUAGUUCUCGCGUGAAUGAGAUUCGAGAGCACGAGGCGCUGGCUGCAAAGUCCUUCCUCAAGGACAGCGCGGGCCAAGGCGUGCGCCCUUCUCCUGUUGAAGAGUAUAUCUCCAAGGACGAAGAGAAAUCAUCCAGUCCGAUGAGACCGAAAGAGGUAACAACGGCAACCCAGACCUCCAAACGACCUAAUGAGACGCCUCGGAAGAUUGCGAUCUCGAAAUCAACACGGUUGAAACAAAACUCAACAGUCACCAAAGACAGCCGUCCUAGAGAUGUUAUGGACAGCCGAUCAUCCCAAGGAUUAAUUUCCCAGCUUGUGAGCUCAUCAAUACAAACAGAAAGCUCCAAAGUGAAGAAACGUGUCGUUUCCGAUAUCCUACCAAUAAGACAAGACCCCCCUGUCGACUACCAAACGAGGCCUGAUAACUCCCCAAAAACUGCGAAAACUCGUCGCGGUCACGAUAUUGACGAUAGCAACACCACUAGUACACCGUCCGAAGAAGAACAGGAAUCCAGCAGUGACAACCAGCGCAACACACGGAAUGGGUUCAAAAGCGGCGAAGAACAGCUCGAACGAAGCUAUGGAGGCACAAUGUCGCCAGAGGAACAGCCAGCAAGCAGCGACAACAACGCCAACUCAAGAGCAAAGGGAAUACCAAAACAUCUGAAGAGCAAAGCCUCGUUGUCUCAAUUACGGAACAUACGGAUCAGCCGUGGCUACCGCGAGGCUCGCAGUCAGUCACCUUCGAAACGUGAACCGAAACAUCAGGAUAGACAGAGUCCAAAAACAAAAACGACGCCAAUAAGGGGAAACCGGACGAAAGAAACUAUUCAACCUGACAACUUCGAAAGCCAUCCGCACAAGACCAAGGCUUUGUCCUCGUCAGACGAACAGCGUCAGCAGCAUCCUCGUGAUUCUCCAAGAAGCUCCACGCCUAAGAAAACAUCGGUGACCGAGAACAAGAUGGAAAGCCGGCCCAAGACACCCCUCAAGUCGAAACUUGUAUCCAAUCGACGUCGAAAGACAAUGACGUACACUCAAGCUUCUCCAAGCUCAGAUUGUUCCGAUGAGGAACAUUCGACCGGGUCGGACUCUGAAGAGUCGUCAGAGGAGGACAUGUCCAAAACCAAGGAGUCACGAAAUAUUCAAAGGAAGCGGAGCCCCGCGCCCAUCUCGAAGCCAAUGCUCCGUUCAUCCGAAAACACUAAGAAGUUGGGGGCAACGUCCAGAGGAAUGCCAGAGGUCGCAAAAGAAAGCCCCAAUUCGAAAGAAAAGGAAAGGGGGGCGAAACCGGCUCAAGCACAAGAACGAAAGCCGCAGAUGAACCUCAGGAAACCUUCGUCGGUUUCCCACUACACAAACGAGAGCACCGUAACGGGAACAGGAACCUCGUCAGCGAUCUCCAGAAGCAUUAGACAUUCCGCGCCGUCAAAUACCACCACGGCCUUCGAAGAAGGGGCCGAAGAGGCUAUACCAUGGUCAGGAGCAGAUGGCGUUGAGAUCAUAUUGAGCUCAGCAACUGAAUCAUACGAAACAUCCGUUGAAUCACUGGCCGAUCGUAGCCUACUUGAUUCAACUACGGAGUCUUCGUCUGAGGAAGACGAAGUGAAGGAAGACGGGGAACGGGGUAGCCGUGAAACAGAGUCAAGCGAUUCGCAUAUUCAAUCGGAAGGCGGGCUGGUAGGCAUGGUUCUCAGGGUUCGGACGGACGAAGAGCCCCUCGACGAGGACGAAGAGCCCACAGAUACUCACGACGAUGACGAAGCAUUCGUCUCACCGUUUGAUUUCGCUAACUUCCCAAGCGACUCGGAUAAGCAAAAAGGGGGGACUGGGAAGGGACAAACGAGCGGCAAUAGACGGCCGGCGAAUGCUAGCGGUAGCAACUCGCAAAUGUCCACUCCACACGACAAGACCUGUUCAGACACAACUGAUUCAGUUCGAAAUUUGGGAGACCUCUACCGACAAAGCUUCCAGGACAGUCCAGGUGAUCAACGGACCCGCCAAAGUCCAGCAACAAGAAGAUGUGUGGCCCAGUCCAACAAUUGCCAAGCGAAAGUGGAUCGUUUCAAACGCAAGCUGGAAUCCGCGUCAAAGUAUUCGAUCGUUGGUAAAGAAAUUGUGCACAAUUCUGACAAGCAGUUCAGAGAGAGACUCAAUCAGUCCAAGCAACAUGGCAAACCGGUUUUGUACCCAUACGGUGACAAGCGAAAGCAUCAACAGCAGCAAGAUGCCAAGAGGGACCCAGAUGCAACUCCCCGAGUGGUCAAAGACUCAAAGCAGAAACCAGCCCCUGAGGCUGAUUCGAACGCGGGUGAAACACAAACCGAGGAAGGCCACGUUAGCCGAAUUCCGUCUCUGGAGACUACGGAUAGCUCCGAGUUGUUGGGAGACCAGUAUAUUGAUGGCGACCACACCGGUCAAGACAAGUUACAUCAACGGAUCAAGGUUGUUAGGGAAGACAUUGACAACUUGAGGUCACGACUCAUCCAAACAACUGGAGCAAAAUCAUCGAGCGCUCCAAAAUCAUCCCCCAAGCCAACUUCUCCUAAGAUAUCCUCUAGCAAGCAAGCACCCCCCAAGUUAUCCUCUUCCAAGCAAGCAUCUCCGAAGUUGUCCUCUUCCAAGCAGGCAUCUCCAAAGCCACCAAAGCAGUCGCCUUCGCAAGGAAAGAAACCCAGUGUACUUCACUUGGAUAUGAGCAGAAAGGAGCAACCGCCAUUGCUGCGCAUGCCAGACCCAGACGCUUCCACCAACCCAGGGCUGCACGACUCCCAGACUGACUCGUACAGUCUACCAACUUGCUUUGAACCAAAGCGCAGCGGUAGCGGUGUCCGAAGCGGUACCGGCGUCCUACAGAAAGCUGGAUCGAACCCCAGCAACAAUGUCUCCUUUACAGGUUCUGGUGACUCGCGACAUCAUGGCGACCUUAAAAAGCAAGAAAUGGACAUUGUCCAAGCCGCUGCACGCGCGGAACAGAGGGUAAAGGAAGGCCUUGAGAAGAUGAAACGAGGUUUGGCAGACAACAAGCGCGUGAAACUAAGCAUGGAAAAGCAACGAAAACUGCAGGCAUCCGAGUCUCCAAAAGCUCAGAAACACGGGACACCUACCCUGUUCGGCUUUGAUUUGUUCUCGUGGCUCCCCAAGUAA